AUGGGUGUAAGUGUGGUCCUAACCUUGUUCGCACUGCUGUUACUGAUGGUUGUUGUUGUCUUGGUGGUAGCUGUUAUAAAGACUAAAAGAAGGAUUAACAAAAUAUCAGUAAAUCUGGAAAGCAGUGUGAAGCCGACAAAAUUUUCCGCCCUAAGUUACAUCGCCCAAAUUACUACUACGACAACAAGCACAACGACGGCAGUGAUAAAAGUAGCUGACACUGAAGCGGCGACAACAGCCACAGUGAAUUUAACAUCACUACCGAAAGCACCAGCCACCCGACCAAAGCCACCACCAGUCCAAAAACCAGCGUCAACAAAAUCAGCGAAUCCGUCGUAUGAUGAGAGAUCCUCCAUUGUAGUUUACGAUUGCAUUGUUGGAGAGGUAGCAGUCAAAACCGACGACGACAGCCAUAACUGCAGCAGCAGAAGCAGCCACAGCAACCACAGCAACAACAGUGUAGCAUAUGAUGACAUUGUUGGUAGCGUUGCAGUCGAAACCCUUGACGACGACAAUAACACUGACGACAACAACAACUUUUACAUUAAAAACAACAUCAUCAACAACAACGACAAUCAUGAAUAUGAUAUCAUGAGAAACAAUGAGAAUAUAUAUAUUGAUGAAUUGUUUGCGCUCGAAACCAGUCACUGCAACUUCAUGACCAGACGCCUUAACCGUUAUACUACCUUGGAAGUGUUAAAGUUAAACGAGUUAUUAAAGAUCAGUAAUAAUAUUCUUGAUGAUGAAAAAUAA